GGUGGAACAGCGAUUCCCGCAAGAGGCCCCCGACUUCCAUGUGGUCAUGCUCAGCUUCUGACCAGGACGAAUGCCGAUGGCAGCUACUAGUAGUAGGAUGGAGGGAUGGAGAUAGUAUGGAGAAGUAAUAGUCGUACCACGAGCUCUUUGGCCGUCUCGCAAUAGCUCAAGCAGCUCUUAUGGAUCCCACGCCUUCUUCUCCAUGCAUGAUAUGGGAAAAGUGUCUCCUCUGCAUAUAUUGAACUUGGUCUCAUGAUCGACGUCUCUUCGACCACUCUCUUUCUCUCCAACGCAUCUCGGCCCUCCUGCAACUGAACGCCAGGUCAAUCUGUACGCAAUGGGCAGCCAGAAGGACUCUCGUCCUAACUUCCUAGUUAUUGUCGCCGAUGAUCUCGGCUUCAGCGACCUUGGCUGCUAUGGCUCCGAAAUAGCAACCCCUCACAUCGACGCGCUGGCCUCGCAGCAAGGCGCGCUGCGCUUCACGCAAUUCCACGUCGCCGCAGCUUGCAGUCCGACUCGUUCAAUGCUCAUGACGGGGACGGACCACCACAUCGCCGGGCUGGGACAGUUGCACGAGUUUGUGCGCAGCUCCCCUGCUCACCAGGGCCAGCCGGGCCAUGAGGGCUACCUGAAUGAGAAGGUGGUUGCUCUACCAGAGCUUCUAUCUGCUGGUGGCUACUUCACUGUCAUGAGCGGCAAAUGGCAUUUAGGUCUCCAGAAGCACCAUCUGCCCAUUAAGCGCGGCUUCAAGAAGAGUCUGGCGCUGCUGCCGGGGUGUGCGAACCACUAUGCCUAUGAGCCUGAUUACCAGGAUCCCUCUACAGAGCCCGGGCGUUUCUUCGAAACCGCGACACGAGCGUUACAUGCAGAAGAUGAUCGGUAUCUCAACGAGAAAGAGCUGGGCGAGGAUUGGUACUCAUCAGAUGGCUAUGCCAGCCGCAUGAUUUCGUACCUGGAGAACCGCACUGAAGAGGAGCGUCAGCAACCCUUCUUCGCCUAUCUCCCCUUUUCCGCGCCGCAUUGGCCUCUGCAGGCGCCCAAGGAGGUGUGCGACAAGUACAAGGGUCUUUAUUCCGACGGGCCUGAGGCUCUGCGCCAGAAGCGUCUGGAGCGGCUCAAGGCUCUUGGGCUCGUCAGCAAAGAUGCCGUGGCCCACCCUGUUGUCACGACCGGCAACGAGGUGAAGAACUGGGAAUCUCUCGAUGCAGAGACCCAAGCUGCGUCCGCGAGGGCAAUGGAGGUGUAUGCAGGCAUGGUGGAUCGCAUGGACUGGAACAUUGGCCGUGUCAUUGAGCAUCUGCGCAAGAGUGGCGAGCUGGACAAUACCUUUGUCAUGUUCAUGAGCGACAAUGGCGCCGAGGGGGCGAGUUAUGAGGCGAGCCCCCUGGUUGGCGAUAGCAUCAUGGCGCACGUCAACAAGUACUACAACAACAGCCUGGACAACAUUGGUCGAGGAGAUUCCUUUGUGUGGUACGGCCCUCUUUGGGCACAGGCCGCAACUGCGCCGUCACGGCUGUACAAGAUGUUCUCUACCGAGGGAGGCUGCAGAGUUCCCCUGGUCGUCAAGCCUCACUCAAGCAUCAACAACCAGCGCGGCAAUGCUGAUGGCGGUGUCAUCACUGACGCGUUCUGUACGGUCAUGGACAUCGUGCCCACAGUCUUGGAUCUUGCUGGGCUGAAGCAUCCGGGCACGGAGUACAACGGCCGCAAGAUUGCCUCCCUCCGUGGCCACAGUUGGAGAAGCUAUCUUGAAUCUGCCAGCGGCUGGAGUCGCAAGUCUCCGAUCCACGACGCUGACUACGUCGCCGGCUUUGAGAUUGCCGGAUCAGGAGCGCUGCGUCGCGGCAACUGGAAGAUUACGUUUGUGCCUGCCCCCAAGGGUCCUCAGCGGUGGGAACUGUUUAACAUCGAGGCUGAUCCUGGCGAGACGAACGACCUGAGCAAGGAGGAGCCGGAGAGGUUCCAGGAGAUGCUUGGCCUUUGGGAGGAGUAUAGGAAGGAGGUGGGCGUUGUUGGCCUUGCUGGUGAGUACCCGAGGGCCGUUCAAGGGGCUCAGAAGACGACUCUGAAGGACGAGAUGGAGGAUCCUUAUGCCUGGAUCAAGUAUAUAGGCCGACCAGAGAUAACACCUAAAGAGCUGGCAGGAAUUGUCCCGUCCGCAUGAAGGGUUCAUAAAUCAGUCGAACUCAUGUCAAAAUCCAACCACGCAGGCGGCUCCGAAAUGUCCCAGGAGAUGUAGUUGGACAUCUCGCCUGCCAUCCGGAUGUAGUCCUCCGCCAAAUCCGACAAGUCCACCAU